UAUGAGGAUGUGGGAGGAGCCACGUAUGCGUGUUUUUGAUAUGUUCUCUCCCCUCUGCAGACGAAGAUCUACAGGAAGAUCAUGCACCUUUCCACCUCCAACAUGUCUAUGGGGGAGAUGACCUCCGGGCAGAUCUGCAAUCUGGUGGCCAUCGAUGCCAACCAGCUGAUGUGGUUCUUCUUCCUGUGCCCCAAUCUCUGGGCAAUGCCCGUUCAGAUCAUAGUGGGGAUCAUUCUCCUCUAUUACAUCCUGGGGAUCAGUGCCUUAAUUGGAGCCGCGGUCAUCAUAGUCCUGGCGCCAGUCCAAUAUUUUGUAGCCACAAAGUUGUCUCAGGCCCAGCGCAGCACUCUGGAGAAUUCUAACGAGCGCCUGAAGAAGACGAACGAGAUGCUGCGGGGGAUCAAACUGCUGAAGUUGUAUUCGUGGGAACACAUCUUCCAUGGCAGUGUGGAGGAGACGCGGCAGAAGGAACUGACCAGCCUGAAGGCCUUCGCCUUGUACACCUCCGUGUCCAUAUUUAUGAAUGCCGCCAUUCCCAUCGCCGCUGUGCUCAUCACAUUUGUGGUCCACGUUCACUUCCUGACCAAAGACGCCUUCUCUCCGGCCGUGGCCUUCGCCUCCCUCUCCCUCUUCCACAUCCUGGUCACUCCGCUAUUCCUGCUGUCCAGUGUGGUCAGGUCCACCGUGAAAGCUCUGGUCAGCGUCCAGAAGCUCAGCGAGUUUUUCUCCAGCGAGGAGAUCGGCGAGGAGACGGAUAAAUGUUUGCCGUGCCGGAAGGCGGGGUCACAGAACAAGUACCAGGCGGUGCCACUCAAAGUCGUAAACCGUAAACGGCCAAUCAGAGAAGACUGGAGCGCGUUCAACUUCCAGCAGAGAAGAGGCGCUAACAACACGGAGGGGAACGAGUAUCUUAUAAAGAUCAGUAAUGGAUUCUUCACUUGGACUCCGGACGGAUCUCCGACUUUAUCCAACAUCGACAUCCGGAUCCCUCAAGGUCAGCUGACCAUGAUUGUAGGGCAGGUGGGAUGCGGGAAAUCUUCGCUUCUAUUGGCUGCUCUGGGCGAGAUGAACAAGAUAUCGGGAGACGUGAGCUGGAACAGCAACGUCGCCGACAGCGAGACCGGAGAGGACCUCAGCCCAGAGAGAGAGACCGCCAUCGAUGUGGAGAUCAGGCGGAGGGGCGCGGUGGCCUACGCCUCCCAGAAGCCAUGGCUGCUGAACACCACCGUGGAGGAGAACAUCACCUUCGAGAGCCCCUUCAUUAAACAGAAAUAUAAAGCUGUAAUUGACGCCUGUUCUCUGCAACCGGACAUCGAUAUUCUUCCGCAUGGAGAUCAGACGCAGAUCGGAGAGAGGGGUAUAAACCUGUCCGGAGGUCAGCGUCAGCGAAUCAGCGUGGCCCGCGCUCUCUACCAGCAGACCAGCGUCGUCUUCCUGGAUGACCCGUUCUCUGCUCUGGAUAUUCACCUGAGCGAUCACCUGAUGCAGGAUGGGAUUCUGAAGAUGCUGAGAGACAAUAAGAGGACGACGGUUCUGGUCACACACAAGCUGCAGUACCUCAUCCAUGCUGACUGGAUUAUCUCUAUGAAGGACGGGACGAUCCAGAGAGAGGGAACCUUGAAGGACAUCCAGAAAUCUGACCCCGAACUUUAUGAACAUUGGAAAACGCUGAUGAACCGGCAGGACCAGGAGCUGGAAAAGGAGAUUAUAGAGAGGAAGACUCCAGUGGAGAGGAAGAAGAGAUCGUUGAGCUCCCGGGAAUCGCUGCAAGACGAGGAGGAGGAGGAAGAUGAAGAGGAGAUAUCGGAGAGUGAGGAGGAUGAUGAUGACAACCUCUCCUCGGUCCUCCAUCAGAGGGCGAAGAUGCCGUGGAGGGCGUGUGGGAAAUAUCUGAGCUCAGCCGGGAUUCUCCUCCUUCCCAUCCUUGUCUUCUCCCAACUCCUCAAACACUCUCUGCUGGUCGCCGUCGACUUCUGGUUGGCCAAGUGGACCUGGGACGCCAUUUCCAACACGUCGCCGUCCAACUGUACCGGAGAGAGCUGUGACUUCGACCAUUCUCCGUACUCCAUGGUGUUCAGCGUCCUCUCCUGCCUCGCCAUUACCAUGUGUCUGUCCACCUCCAUCGCCAUUGAAUGGACCGGCCUGCGAGUCGCCAAGAAACUGCACAACAGCCUUCUAAACGCCAUCAUCCUGGCACCCAUGAGGUUCUUCGAGACGACGCCCCUGGGAAGUAUCCUGAACAGAUUCUCUGCCGACUUCAACACCAUCGACCAGCACAUCCCGACAACCCUGGAAUGUCUCAGCCGCUCCACCUUACUCUGCAUCUCCGCCUUGGCCGUCAUCUCCUACGUCACGCCCAUCUUCAUCAUCUCGCUCCUCCCACUGGCCAUCACCUGCUACUUCAUCCAGAAGCACUUCCGGGUGGCCUCCAGAGACCUUCAGCAGCUGGAGGACAGCACACAGCUCCCCCUACUGGCGCAGUUCUCUGAGACGGUGGAGGGACUGACCACCAUACGGGCAUUCAGAUAUGAGACCAAGUUCCAGCAGAAACUUCUAGAACUCACCGACUCCAACAACAUUGCGUCCCUCUUCCUGACCGCCGCCAAUCGCUGGCUAGAAGUGCGCAUGGAAUAUAUCGGGGCCUGCGUCGUCCUGGUAGCGGCUGUUGCCUCCAUCACCUAUCGGUUGCAGCACAACCUCACCACGGGAUUGGUCGGCCUGGGACUCAUCUACGCCUUGAUGGUCUCCAACUACCUGAACUGGAUGGUGAGGAAUCUCUCGGACAUGGAGAUCCAGCUGGGAGCCGUGAAGAGGAUAAACGGCCUUCUGAAGACCGAGCCGGAGAACUACAAGGGGCUCCUGUCCCCCUCACAGAUCCCACAGAACUGGCCGGAGAACGGAGAGAUCCAGAUCCAGAACCUGAGCGUUCGAUACGACAGUUCGCUGAAACCCGUCCUGAAACACGUCAACGCCCACAUCACCCCCGGACAGAAGAUCGGGAUUUGUGGGAGAACCGGCAGCGGGAAAUCCUCCUUCUCUUUGGCCUUCUUUAGAAUGGUGGACAUGUUCCAAGGGAGGAUCAUCAUCGAUGGGAUCGACAUCGCCAAACUACCGCUACAAACACUGCGAUCCCGACUGUCCAUCAUCCUACAGGACCCCAUUCUCUUCAGCGGCACCAUCAGGUUUAAUCUGGAUCCGGAGAAUAAAUGUUCGGAUUGCGUCCUGUGGGAGGCGCUGGAGAUCGCUCAGCUCAAACACGUGGUGAAGGCUCUUCCUGGCGGUCUGGACGCUCUGGUGACGGAAGGCGGGGAGAAUUUCAGCGUCGGGCAGCGGCAGCUCUUCUGUCUGGCGAGAGCGUUCGUCCGGAAAAGCAGCAUCCUGAUCAUGGAUGAAGCCACGGCCUCCAUAGACAUGGCCACCGAGAACAUUCUACAGAAGGUGGUGAUGACGGCUUUCCAGGAGCGCACCGUCGUCAUCAUAGCGCACCGGGUGCACACCAUCCUGAACGCGGACAUGGUGAUCGUCAUGAAGCGCGGCGCCAUUAUGGAGUACGAGAAGCCGGAGGCGCUCCUGGAGCGGGAGGACAGCAUGUUCGCCUCCUAUGUCCAGGCUGAUAAAUGAUUGGUCGGAUCUGAUGAUUGGUCGGCUCUGAUGAUCGGUCGGCUCUGAUGAUCGGUCGGAUCUGAUGAUCGGUCGGAUCUGAUGAUUGGUCGGAUCUGAUGAUCGGUCGGAUCUGAUGAUUGGUCGGAUCUGAUGAUCGGUCGGAUCUGAUGAUCGGUCGGAUCUGAUGAUUGGUCGGAUCUGAUGAUUGGUCGGAUCUGAUGAUCGGUCGGAUCUGAUGAUUGGUCGGAUCUGAUGAUUGGUCGGAUCUGAUGAUUGGUCGGAUCUGAUGAUCGGUCGGAUCUGAUGAUCGGUCGGCUCUCUGUACAUAGAAUGUAAAUAUCGAUUCUUUCAUAAUAAAGAUUUUGGCAGAUUUUUCAUGAA